AUGGACCAAUACAAGCAAAGAGCAAGAAGUUCGGUGUACUGGAUGCAACAAGUCAAGUAUAAGCAUCUUCAUAUACCCGAAACUGAAGAAAUGGCAACUCAAGCACACAAAGAUUAUCCUGAAAAUUUCAAAUUUUUCACAAUUUUAUUAAUUACGAUAUAG